AUGAUUAAAUCCUUCAGGAAGAGUAAAAGAACGUCUAGUUCAUCAAGUUCCCCCAAAAGAAAUAUAUCAAGAGUUUCAUCAACAUCUAAUCUGGAUGCAGAAUUAAUACUACAAUCACCUAAAAAAGUUAUAAAAGCAUUAUAUGAUUAUGAUCCUCAAGGACCAGGAGAAUUAAAAUUUAAAGUUGGAGAUUUUUUUCAUGUAUUAAAUAUAUCAGAUGAUCCAAAACAUAAAGAAGCAGAAGAAAAUGGUUGGUAUGAAGCAACUAAUCCAAUGACUCAUACAAAGGGGAUGGUUCCAAUAAAUUAUUUUGAAGUAUUUGAUAGAUCAAGACCAACAGCAACAACUUCAAAUUCAAAUCAAUCCCAUCAACUACAACAUCAACAAUUACCACAUCAUCAUAAUAAUACAGCCAAUAGUCAUAGUAAUAAUAAUUUUCAACAAAAUCAACCUCAACAACGAAAUUCUAAUCAAACUUUGUAUGCAGUUACCCUUUAUGAAUUUAAAGCAGAAAGAGAAGAUGAAUUGGAUGUUCUACCAGGAGAAAAUCUUAUAAUAUGUGCUCAUCAUGAUUAUGAAUGGUUUAUAGCAAAACCAAUAAAUAGAUUAGGUGGACCAGGAUUAGUUCCAGUAGCAUAUGUUAAAAUUAUAGAUUUAAUGAACCCUGGCCAGUCAUCAUCAACAAUAUCAUCAAUAGAUACGACUAAUCGUGAACAAGUUAUGAAAAUUAUCUCAGGUUUCAAAAUUCCAACUGUUGAACAAUGGAAAGAUCAAACUGCAAAAUAUCAAGCUUCAUCAAUAGCAUUAGGAACAAUAUCAAGAACUAAAACUCCUCCACUGUCAUCUACUUCACAAUUUUUUGAUGGUAAAACAACUCAUUCAAAUAGAUCAUCAUUAAUUUCAACAUCAAUAAUAGAAGCAAGUGUUGAUUCUUAUCAAUUAUAUCAUGGAAGAUAUCAAUAUUUAAUUACUGCAAAAUUAUCAAAUGGUAAAAUAAGAAAUUUAUAUAGAUAUUAUCAAGAUUUUUAUGAUUUACAAGUUAAAUUAUUAGAAAUGUUUCCAUAUGAAGCAGGCAAGAUUGAAAAUUCAAAAAGAAUUAUACCUUCAAUACCUGGACCAUUAAUUAAUGUAAAUGAUUCAAUAUCAAAAUUAAGAAGAGAAAAAUUAGAUAUUUAUUUAUCACAAUUAAUUGCAUUACCAAAUCAUAUAUCAAAAUCUGAAGAGGUUUUAAAUUUAUUUGAAAUUUUAAAUAAUGGAUUUGAUAAAGAAAUUGAAAAUACAAGAAGAGUUUCAAAACCAAUAAGUCAAAAAUCAAAUAGUCAUCAAGAUAGAAUGUCUCAAUAUUCUAAUUUUGGUAUACAACCAAGAAUUUCAGAUCCUUCUAAUUCUAAUGAAUCAACAACUCAAAGAUCAAGAGAAUCUUCAACUAUAAAUGUUAAUACAAGUAAUACUAAUAAUUACAAUAAUAACAAUAUUCCAUCAACUUCAUUAACUUCUUCAUCACCAACAGAUUUAGAAAAAUCACCAAAAGUAAAAGUAAAAUUUUAUUAUGAAGAUGAUAUUUUUGCUUUGCUAUUACCAUCAAAUUUAAGAUUACAAGAUUUAAAAACAAAAUUAUACAAAAGAUUAGAAUUAGAUGAUUUACAACAGCAUCAAUUCCAACAACCUAAAACAAUAAAUUCAAUAAAAUUAUUUCUCAAAAAUGAUUAUGAAAAUUUUUGUAAAGAUAUGAACAUCGUUGAUUCUUCUAUAGAAAAUUUAAAUUUUAAUCAAUAUGGUUCUAAAUUAAUUGAAUUUGAAAUUGAUGAUGAUUUAAAAUUUCAUGAAAUUUUAUAUGAUAAAUGUAAAUUAAUUAUUGUUAUUGUUUAG